GGUUAGCUGACUAAUAUCAAAGUAACUGAAGCCAAUAAGCAUGAUCGAAGAUGGGUUGCAUAAGUUUCAGUUGCGGAUGAAUACGCAGAAAGCGAAUACUAAUUUAUUUACUCUUUAAAUGAUGUGCGAAUGAGGCUCCACAGGCUUCUCGCUGAGAGUGCAAACGUUAUUUUGUGAGAGCAGAAGUAUUUGCCGUCAGUAGGUGUUUUAAAGGUUUUGGGCACUCACAUGAGUUCCAGGGAGGGAGCCAAGAUGGGGGACAUCUUGGCAACUGAAGCCGAUCUUCUUGGGAUGAUCAAGGAGUACCUUAAGUUUGAGGAAUUUCAAGAGACUGUACACAGUUUUGACAAGGAGUGCAAAAAUAAGGGCAAGCUCGUCUCAAAGCCUCAAGGAAGCACUCUCAGAGACUCAAAGACUCGUGGCAUUCAGAAAGACCUUCUCAGCUCUUUUGAUGACGGAGACCACAAAGUGUUCUUUGAACUGUGGACAGAAAAUAUUCCCUCUGAGAUAAAAAACACAGACACCGAGGCCCAGAGCCUGGAGUUUUACCUUCACAUCCACUUCACAAUCUACCCACUGAGGAGGCACCCUGGCAGACAUGACCAAGCUGAGUUUGAGGAGAGGAUUUCCCGUUUCAAGCAAUACCUGGAGACUCGAGGAGCAGCACUGAGUCAGACCACAGAGUUUCUGCCUUACUAUGCCUUGCCAUUCGUCCCCAACCCCACUGUCCAUCCCUCCUUCAAAGAUCUUUUCCAGGAUUCCUGGAUACCACGGCUGAAGGACAAACUGGAGCAGUUUCUGUCAGUGACACUGAAACCGUCCAACACGCCGAGGCUGCUGAAUUUAUAUAAGGAGGGAGGAAGGAGUACUAAAGAGGCUAUGCAGCAGUUACAGCUCCAACUGGUAGAAUCAGACCGGCGCAUCACUAGUUACGUACGGAAGUUCAACAAGAUGCAGGCAGACUACCAUAACCUGAUUGGAAUCACUGCUGAGCUUGUCGACUCACUGGAGGCCACCGUCAGCGGAAAAAUGAUCUCCCCUGAGUAUCUACAGAGUGUGUGUGUUCGCCUGUUCAGCAGCCAGAUGAGGCAGAGCGUGGUGCAGAGCACCGACUUCACCAGGCCUGGCACUGGAUAUUACUCUAUGAGUCCCUAUGAUGAUGGCUAUGCUUCCUCGAUGCUGCGCGCAUCCAUUGCACCACAGAGAUCCAAGGAGGUGCCAAUGCUGCCCUCACUGGACUACGAGAAGCUGAAGAAAGACCUGGUUGAAGGCUCAGACAGACUCAGGUCCCUACUGCUUCAGGCACUGCGCUGGAGACUGACUCGCUCCCUCCCUGGAGAACAAAGAGACACAGUUCUUCAAGCCUUUAUCAGUAAUGAUCUUUUGGAGCGCUACAGCACGAAACAGAUAACGGUGCUUCAUUUAAUGAGAUCGAAGAAUGAGAUUGUCCGCCAAUACAUGGCUCGUCUCAUCAAUGCAUUUGCCUCCCUUGCAGAGGGUCGGGUUUACCUCUCCCAUAUCCCCGUUCUUUUGAAACUUCUGACAGAAGCACUCAGGACAGAGGACAAAGACUCCCUGACUAGAGAGAAUGUGCUUGUGGCCUUACAGAAACUCAGCCUUAGGAGGAGCCAACAGACUGCCAUGAUAGCAGAUGGUCUGAUUGGAUGGCUGGUGGAUGAGCUGCAAGAAUCAGACUGCCUAAGUGACUACACCCUGGAGUACUCUGCAGCUCUGCUCAUGAACCUGUGUCUACGAACGAAAGGAAAAAGGAAGUGUGCAGAGAACGCCAAGCAUGUGCUAAAGGUUCUAACUGACCUUCUUGGACACGAGAACCAUGAGAUUCGACCGUAUGUGAAUGGAGCCCUGUACAGUAUCCUGUGUAUUCCCUCUGUGAGACAGGAAGCCAAAGAGAUGAGUGUAGAGGAGAUUCUCCGCUGCUACAGCAAAGAGGAGAACCCAGAUCUCAACAGACAGAUCGAGUUCAUCAUUAAGCAACUGAACUCAGCUGAUGAAGAGGGCCCAGAGUCAGAUGAUGAAGAAGAAGAGGACGAUAAUGAUGAAGAUUUAAUGGAGACAGAGCUUGAUAUAGAGGAAGUUCUUCAACCACAGCCCAGGGAGCUAUCUGGGGAGAGUCUGCUCACUACGGAGUACCUGGGAAUUAUGACCAACAUGGCAAAAGUGAAGAGGAAGUCAACCCCUCUGCAGCAGCCAAAUGUUGAUGAACCUCUACAGCGGCCAGUCACACCAAGUUCUCACCGUAAUGUCAACUCAGUGGAUUACCGAUCUGGCAGUCAGGGGGGUGAGGGUAGCAAGGACGGGGAAUACCCUCUAAGCAGACAGAAAAGCGAGGAAGGAAGCCUGCCUCCUUCCCGAUACAACUCCAGACCUCCUACACGCUCCGGCAGUCGCCCCAGCACUGCUGACUCUCUACGUCACAGUAUCGACUCAGAGUGUGGCCGGUUGUCCCAGGAGUCAGAGUUGGAUGGGCCAUAUGAAGGGCGAGCCAGAAAAGGACGUCCCCAGGAGGACCACAAUGGACACUCUGGCAGUGGUGAUUAUGUCCCUGCAUUUGCAAGCCUGCCCAAGAUCCCCCGUACACCUGACACAGCAUCCAGCCAGAACGCCAGCGCUCAGCGGGCUCGGGGCCCGGCUCUGGCACCCCAGUUUUCCCAGUCAGAGCCCCAGCAGAGCAGCCGGCCAGGCUCUGCCAGCUCCACGGGAGGAGGGGGGCCACAAAGUGGAAGCAGCCAGUCAAAGCGGAGGUGAAGAGGGAGCUGUCACCAUGGAGUAGUGCUAUCUCCCCGGGAGCAUCGGGCUUCCUGUAACAUCAUCCCCCCAGAGUGUGAUCAGGGUCAGGCCAACAGAGAUGGUCGAGGAUCAGCGGCAGCAGGAGGAGGGGCUUGAACAAUGCGAAGGAUUGUGGCUCUACAUUUUUUGCUUCCUUCCCUUCUGCUUCAGCACAGACUUCUUCUGUAACAUAAUAUGGACAAUAAUCACAUCCCCAAGCCGUCCGAAUCCUGUGUACUUUGUAGCCUUAGUUGGCCCUGAGUUUCCUCACUCUCUCUUCGAGGUGAUAGUUUGUACACCUGACUAUGUGCAACAUCCUCCAGCCGUGACAAAAUUCCUAUGUAACAAGAUGUGGGUAUUCUUACACUGAAAUAUAGUUACGAGUUAUGCCAGUUCACAAGACAAUAUUGUCUGGUUUUCUGGCAGAAGAACAAUACAUUUCUUCACAUCAGCAGGGAUGAGAUGUCUCUUGUUGCUGAUAAACUGUCAAUAGCUGUGCAUAAGUCUGAAUAUGAGCAGAGGUGCUAAGACUUUAGCACAGCUUGGUUUUAACUACAUGUAAACAGGGGACUGAUGGUUUUGGAAAACUGUCAUAAACAGGCAUAGAGGUUAAAUGUUUGAUUAUGUUUCUGUGAUUAUUACAAAACUUUAAUAUGAGAACUUUAAUAUGAGAAAAAGCAGGUACUUUUUUGUCUUUGAAUUGAUUGUUUAGAUAUUUAUAAAAAAAAAAAAAGAGUGAAGGCCCAUUUUUGAAGUUCUCAUCUCAAUCCUACCAAUCUAUAAUCUUCUGAGUCUCACUGUAUAUUGAUUUUUGACUGUGGUGGAAAAUGUCCGUCCGUAUGAAUAAAUAAUUGUACCAGCAUUACUUCAAAUAGAAAACAUUAUCUCAUAUCAGAGUCGCUGCUCCUGUUUUGCUCUAGAAAAACACGUCUUGACAUAAGUUGUCAGGAUAGUGCAUCUUUUAAAGAAAUACUGAUAACUGCUCAUUGCUGUUAACAUUUACUGCCAUCAACUGACAAAAAAAACUUGAAUUUGUGUGAACGUCUUAAAUCCACCAUUGCUUGCAUUGUGCAUUUGCACCAUUUUCCAGCUGUGGUGAUGUAUAGUUUAUUUAUGUUAACUGCUCCA